GUAUAUGGAGUUGUUUGUGUGUGUGGAAUCCGAGGUUGGGUGAUUGGGAAAGAGACAGUAUGGAGUGGACAAGAAGCCAGGCGGAACAGAAAGGGGACAGUGUGUGGAAAUGUGUCUAGAAUAGUAUAUGGAGUUGUUUGUGUGUGUGGAAUCCGAGGUUGGGUGAUUGGGAAAGAGACAGUAUGGAGUGGACAAGAAGUCAGGCGGAACAGAAAGGGGACAGUAUGUGGAAAUGUGUCUAGAAUAGUAUAUGGAGUUGUUUGUGUGUGUGGAAUCCGAGGUUGGGUGAUUGGGAAAGAGACAGUAUGGAGUGGACAAGAAGUCAGGCGGAACAGAAAGGGGACAGUAUGUGGAAAUGUGUCUAGAAUAGUAUAUGGAGUUGUGUGUGUGUGUGUGGAAUCCGAGGUUGGGUGAUUGGGAAAGAGACAGUAUGGAGUGGAAUGGGGACAAUGUGUACAUAGGUGCAUGAAUAGCGUGAAAAAGUAGUGACUGGGGCAGUGUGUAAAUUAACACAUUUGGCAAACGAAGAACCAGCUGUACGUUAUGUUCACACAUAAUUGAUCGAUCGUCCGGUAUCAAUCGUAGAACAAUUGUGCAAUUUGACUUGUUUCGCUCGCCCAGUCGGAAUACAAUAG